ACAUUGUCACACUUUUUUUUUUCUUCUGAUUUAAUAAAAUUAUUAAUUAAAAAACAAUUUUUUAUAAAAAAAGUAAGAAAGAAAAAGAUUCAUAUCAGCUGGAGAGAACUUCUGCCGCCCCUUUUUCCACAUUUUGGGCAGUAACAUUUCUGUAUUUAUUUUAUAAUUUAUCUUCUUGUUUCUGCUUUUUCAUUUCACAAAUUCAUGGAAAUUGGAACCUUAGCAUCUAAGUUUUUACUCCAUAUUUAUUUAUUUAUUUAUGGUUAAAACAUAAAAAAAAGAAAAGAAAAUAUAUACAACUUUUGUGACUGGAAGUUCUUUCCCACUUUUCUCUUCCUUAUUGGCCAAAUUUACUUCAAAUUCGCCUUCUCACAUUUCUCUAAAACUUUCUGCCUCUUCUUCUUCCAAGUGAGUUUUUUUUUUCUUUUUCUUUUUCGAAAAGAUUUCAAGUAUACUGAUAUGAGUGCAUAUAUGUUUAGAUAGAGUCUUGUGUUCGGUUUUUGCUCUUUUAUGCAGUGGAUAAGAAUUGAAUUUACUUUUUCUUUUUAAAAUUUUUUAAGUAGUUUUGUUUUUUAAGAUCAUUCAGAGUUUUUAGAUCACUGACUUCUUCUCUCAAUUUUUUUUCCUGUUUUGUUUUUCAGAUUGGAAGUUUCUUGUUGUGUACUUAAUGGUGUGAAGAUUUGGAAUAUAGACGGAUAUUUUUGGAGUUUGUUUAGAGAUCAAUGAGUAGUAAGAGAUCUGGUAUGGAAUGGAAGAAUUUAAACAUCUUUUUGGGAUUUUUGCUGAUCUAUGCAGCUAGGAUUUCGUUUGGACUCACCAAUCCUAGUGAUGUUGCUGCGAUUAAUAGCUUAUAUGCUGCAUUGGGCUCUCCCUUACUCCCUGGAUGGAUUGCUUCUGGCGGAGACCCCUGUGCUGAAGCAUGGCAAGGCGUACAAUGUAAUGGUUCAGACAUAAUGAGCAUAGUUCUAAAUGGUGCUAAUUUGGGUGGACAACUGGGUGACAACCUAGGAAUGUUUGCUUCUAUUAAGGCAAUAGAUUUUAGCAACAACCAGAUCGGGGGAAAUAUUCCAUCCAAUUUGCCUGUUACUAUGCAAAACUUUUUUCUUUCAGCCAAUCAGUUCAGUGGAAGCAUCCCGGAUUCACUAUCUUCUUUGACUAUGUUGACAGACAUGUCAUUGAAUAACAAUAAUUUGAGUGGAGAGAUACCAGAUGCCUUUCAAUCGCUUUCUGGAUUGAUCAAUCUGGAUUUGUCCAACAACAAAUUGAGUGGAUCUCUGCCACCAUCAAUGGAAAAUUUGUCUAGUCUAACUACCCUACGUUUGCAGGCCAAUCAGCUGUCUGGGACGCUAGAUGUUCUACAAGAUCUUCCCCUAAGAGAUUUGAACAUAGAAAAUAAUCUUUUCAAUGGACCCAUUCCUGAGAAGAUGCUGAGCAUCCCAAGCUUCAAAAACGAUGGAAAUCCAUUUAAUUCCACUGUUGCUCCUUUGCCUGGUCCGACAUCACCAUUAGCACCACCGCAUGCGCCACCACGUUCUGUAGUACCAGCUUCUGGUCAAACACCAACAUCUGAUCAAACACCUGGGAAACAUGCUGAUGGGCCUUCUGUGUCGGAGGGAUCUAAUUCUAGUCAGAAAAAGAAUUUCUUAACUACUAAAAGGGUGGUGUGGAUAUCAAUUGCAAGUGUUUUGUUGUUUAUAAUAUUAGCUUUAGCACUUCUGCUUUUUAUGCCCAAGUGUAGCAGGGGAAGGGAAGAGGCUGGUGGGAUUUUCAAACGGCAUCAAGUAGGUGCAUAUAGAGGAAACAGAGAGAACCUUGUUGGGGAUGCGUCCUUACCCACCACAGCCAGUCAAACAGAGAAAGGCCCAAAAGAUGCAGUUAUGAGACCAUUGGGGGGUAAUCAAACAGAGAGGGGAAGAAUGGGGGCUAUUGCAAAGCUACCGAACAAGGAAGAGAGAAAUGUUGAAAGGAUAGGCACGACGCCAAAGAGAUUUGACCAUGAGAUAGACAUGAGUGGCUACGAUGCUAUGUUGAUGGAGCCCCCUCCUCCACCUCCUCCUCCGCCUCCGCCUCCCCCACCUCCGCCCCCUCCACCUCCUCCGGCACUUGCUGAGAAGGUCAUUGUGAAACCCAUUGUACCUAAUGAAGUAACUGCAGGGCCUUCUGCCAAAACUCCAAAGCCAUCUACAUUUGCAAGGUCGUUCACCAUUGCAGCCCUUCAACAAUAUACAAAUAGCUUUUCUCAAGAAAAUCUUUUGGGGGGUGGCAUGCUUGGAAGUGUCUAUAGGGCAGAACUUCCGGAUGGAAAGUUACUUGCAGUCAAGAAACUGGAGAAGAGAGUUGCAAGCCAGCAGAAGGAUGAUGAAUUUAUUGAACUGGUGGAAAAUAUUGAUCGUAUCCAGCAUGUAACUGUUGUCAGGCUAAUGGGUUAUUGUGCAGAGCAUGGUCAAAAGCUUUUGAUCUAUGAGUAUUGCAGCAAUGGAUCGCUGCAGGAUGCGCUGCACUCUGAUGAUGAGUUUAAAAAGCUGCUUUCAUGGAAUACCCGUAUCCGGAUGGCUCUUGGAGCUGCUAGAGCCUUAGAGUACAUGCAUGAGGCUUGCCAGCCACCUGUAAUUCACAGAAAUUUCAAGUCUGCCAAUGUUCUCCUUGAUGAUGAUCUCGAUGUGCGCGUCUCUGAUUGUGGUUUGGCUCCAUUAAUAGCAUCAGGUUCUGUAAGUCAGUUGUCAGGACAACUACAAUCAAUUUAUGGUUAUGGAGCGCCAGAAUUUGAGUCUGGAAUUUAUACUUCUCAGAGUGAUGUUUACAGUUUUGGGGUGUUUAUGUUGGAACUCUUAACUGGCAGGAAAUCUUAUGACAGGACAAGGAGUAGAGGAGAACAAUUUCUAGUGAGAUGGGCAAUCCCACAGCUCCAUGAUAUUGAAGCAUUAUCUAGGAUGGUUGACCCUUCUCUCAAUGGAGAAUAUCCUGCUAAAGCGUUGUCACGGUUUGCUGAUAUCAUUUCUCGGUGUGUCCAGUCUGAACCAGAAUUCAGGCCACCAAUGUCUGAAGUGGUUCAAGACCUAUUGGACAUCAUACGCAGGGAGCGUCCGAGUAAUGAAUCAAUUGGAGACUGACUUGUGUUAGGCAAUACACCUGAUGAAUUAGUUUAUGAUCCGAGGUCACAGGGAUUUGAUCGAUCAGAUGUUGUGAAAACACAUCCAUUGUAAAGAGGCAGCAGCGCACAAUUUUACAUUUGAAGCUCUUGCACAAGGAGGGGGAGGUCAUUCAGUAAGAACCUCGCUGCUGUGACUAGGAACAGUCUGAAUUUUCAAGUCUGUUAAUUUGUUAUCAUUCUGUUGUUCAUUAAAUCAUGUAACAAAGUCUUGGCUAUGGCAUAAAUAUGCUAACCAUUUGUUUCGUGAUAACUAUUAUUUUGUUACUAAUGAUUCAUUACGAUUUUGUUCCCAUUUCA